AUGGAGACGCUGCAGGAGGGAGCUUUUGAUCCAGAAUGGUUUUUGUUCUCCUUCGAAGCGGUUGGUAUAAAAAAGAGAUUCAUUUGUUCUGCCUGGAAGUGGAACCAGACGAGAAAGCAAACCCAAUGUGAUUUAUUGAAUGAAGAUAGUGGACAAUUACCAACAACUUGUUCACAUUUUGCCUCAUACAGCCUAAUCUGGACCUGCCACGUGAACAUGACGCAGCAAAUGCAGAACCUGAAUCUUUCCCAGAUGAAAAAGAGCGGCAGCGGGCCGUCUUCUCCGAACGCUGCGAAACGGCUCUACCGAAACCUCUCCGAGAAGCUGAAGGGGAGUCACGCAUCCUUCGACGAAGCAUAUUUCAGAGCCAGAUCAGAUAGACUCAGUCUCCGGAAGACUUCAGUGAAUUUCCAGUGCAACGAAGCUAUGUUCGAGGCCGUGGAGCAGCAGGACUUGGAUGCCGUUCAGAUUGUCCUCUAUCAAUACACCCCAGAGGAGCUGGAUCUAAACACACCAAAUAGUGAGGGUUUAACACCCUUGGACAUUGCCAUCCUAACAAACAACGUGCCCAUCGCGAAGAUCCUUCUGAGGAUUGGAGCAAAGGAGAGUCCGCACUUUGUUACCACGGAAAGCAGGUUGACGCAUUUGAGCACGUUGGUCCAGGAAGCCCAGCAGCGGGUGAACGAACUGUCUGCACAAGUGAUGAGUGAAGGGCUUGGAAUGGACAGCGCAGAAAAAGAGAAGCAGCUGAAAGCGUGGGAGUGGAGAUACCGACUCUACAAGCGAAUGAAAGCAGGCUACGAACAUGCCAGAGCCCCCGAGGCGCCAACCAACGUCUGUCUCGUGGUAACAAGCAGUACAUCACUCACUGUCACCUUCCAAGAACCUCUUAGCGUCAACUCAGCUGUAGUGACCAAAUAUAAAGUGGAAUGGAGCUGCUCUGAAGACUUUUCUCCUUUGGCCGGGGAAAUUAUCAUGGAUAAUCUUCAGUCUUUGAGGUGCAUCAUCACAGGCCUCAGAACGGGCCAAAGGUAUUAUGUCCAAGUCUCUGCCUACAACAUGAAAGGAUGGGGUCUGUCCCAAGCCACUACUCCUGCCUCCGCUUCUCCGUCCAACUGGAAAGACUACGAUGGAAGAGACCCUCGGCACAGGGGACACACUGAAGCCCUGGAACAUCUCCUUCAGCAGGUCCGAGCGUCUCAUCAGCAUUACAGUUGCAGAGAAGGGUCUAAGUUGCAGAAUGCCGGGCGCAAGCAAUCAGUCUCUAGGAGCCUGAAGCAUCUUUUCCACUCUUCAAACAAGUUUGUGAAGACAUUGAAACGGGGGCUCUACUUAGCUGUUAUAUUUUAUUACAAAGACAACCUGUUAGUAACCAAUGAAGAUCAAAUCCCAAUUGUGGAAAUUGAUGACUCUCAUACUAGUUCCAUUAUGCAUGAUUUUCUGUGGUUCACCAAGCUGUCUUGCAUGUGGGAUGAUAUCAGGUGGCUGAGGCAGAAUAUGUCCAUAUCCGUGUCCUCGUCAACAGCACUUCAAGCCAGGCAAAAGAUGCUUUCAGCAGCAGCACAGUUACAGAAUUUAUUGGGAACUCACAACUUGGGCAGAGUUUAUUACGAACCGAUCAAAGACAGACACGGCAAUAUACUGAUAGUUACAAUACGAGAAGUGGAGACUCUCUAUUCAUUUUUUAAUGGCAAAUGGAUGCAGAUAUCCAAGCUGCAAAGCCAGAGGAAAUCCCUUUCAACUCCAGAGGAGCCAACGGCACUAGACAUCUUGCUCAUAACGAUCCAGGACACACUUUCCUAUCACAGAAGAAGUCAGCAGCGCCUCCCUCCCGGCUUGUACCUGGGUUACCUUAAACUCUGCAGCUCUGUCGAUCAAAUCAAAGUUCUUGUCCUGCAAAAGUUGCCCAACAUCCUGUGUCAUGUUAAAAUACGAGACAACAGCAACGUUUCCAAAGAUGAGUGGGAAUGGAUCCAAACCUUUUCUGGCUCAGAAUCUGUGGAAAGUAUGGAUCAUGCAUCAGACUGCCCUACUCAAUUGUUCUUCUAUGAGCUCCAGAUGGCAGUGAAAGCACUCCUUAAACAGAUCAAUCUACCUCUACACCAGGCUAAGCACUUCCGUCUGUAUACACAGGAGGUGUUGGAGCUGGGUCACAAUGUCUCCUUUCUUCUCCUGCUCCCCGCCUCAGACGACGUCUGCACUGCCCCAGGACAGAAUAAUCCUUACACCCCACACUCAGGAUUUCUUAACCUCCCUCUUCAGAUGUUUGAACUCGGUAUAGUAGCUUGCUUUACCUCGAAAUAUUAACCCAGCCUCCUUAUAAUAAAAUCACAAAGUUGUA